AUGGAAAGAAAAAAAAAACGAAUAAGGUUUAUUAUUGGCCGGUCGUCGGAAUCUCCGAUCGACUUUGUCGUCAUGGACACAGUAGCUGGCGAUAAGACAGGUGAUACAAAAGUAUUGCAAAGCACCAUAUCCCGAUUUGCGUGUCGCAUCAUAGCCGACCGCGAUGAUGUUAACAAUUGUCGCAUUUUCGCCGCCGGUUUCGACUCGUCAAGAAAUAUCUUCCUUGGGGAGAAAGCAACAAAAUGGUCGGAGAAUCACGAAAUAGACGGUUUGACGACGAAUGGCGUGCUUAUAAUGCAUCCCAGGGGCGAUUUCUGCGGGGGCAGCGCCACCUGUGGCCCGUGGCGUGAGACUUCAGUCGGCGGGGCUGUCUUUUCGCUUAGGGAGAGCCGAUCUGCUCAGCAAAAGGGACUACCAUGUCAGGAAGAAACAAAUGUACUGCGGGAUGGGACCAUGAUAGACUUAUGCGGUGCCACACUUUUAUGGAGAAGUGCUGAAGGACUGAAAAACUCACCGACAAAACGCGAUCUAGAAGCACUUGUGGAUGAACUAAACGCGGGUAGGCCACAAUGUCCCGUGGGUCUAAAUACACUGGUCAUACCGAGGAAGCUGUCUACUGCUCAUCAAGACCUGAACCAGCCCUAUGUAUACCUUAAUUGUGGACAUGUUCAAGGCGAGCACUCCUGGGGUGCGGAAGGUAGUGAGACGGGCGUGCGUCGUUGCCCUAUGUGCCUAACAGCUGGAUCCGUAGUGCGUGUUUGUAUGGGAAUCGAACCCGCCUUUUACGUUGACUCCGGUCCGCCCACCUAUGCGUUCAACCCCUGCGGACACAUGGCUUCGGAAAGGACAGUCAAAUAUUGGGCAACAGUGGAUAUUCCGCACGGAACGAACGGAUUUCACGCGAUUUGUCCGUUUUGCGCAGCACCGUUACAGGGCACACCCGGUUAUGUGAGACUCAUCUUUCAGGACAAUCUUGACUGA